AUGAGCCCCACAUCGCCGCGGCAGUCCGGCGCCGGUGCCGCCGGCGGGUCGCGUCACGCCGCGUUCAAGGUCCACAGGGACUCCCACAGCAUACACAAGGCCACCGCCUCCCCGCCCUCCUCGUCCUCCACAAACUCCUCCGUGUCGUCGUCCUCCAACGCCGCCAUCACCAGCACCAGCCACCGGCCUCCCCCGGCGCCGGCGCCGCGGCCGCAGCAGCAGCAGCCGGUGAUCAUCUACACGCACUCGCCCAAGGUGAUCCGCACCAACCCUCGCGACUUCAUGUCCAUCGUGCAGAAGCUCACCGGCCUCGACAGCCCCGGCCCCGCCCGUGGCGCGCCCCCGGCGGCGCGCGUGGCCGCGGGCUCGGCCGCCGCCGCCGCCACCGCCGCCGCGGCGCAGGACGAGUCGUCGUCGUCUUCGUCCGAGAGCUGCGCCAACGCCCACGGCGCCGGGCCGCCGCCUCCCUACGCGGACUCGCAGCUGAUGCCGCCGCCGCCGGCACCGCCCGACAUCCCGCUGUUCGCGCCCGACGCGUCAGGCCUGCAGCAGCUCUGCGCGCCAAGGGGGCUCUACGGCCAGUUCCCGCCGGUCGACGCCGCGGCGCUCGGCCCGGUGAUGUCGGCGAACGUGAACGGCGCCGGUGGCAUCAACGGUGGGGCCGUGUUCUCCCCGUCGAUGGUGGAGGCGAUGCGGACGUUUCCGGACUAUAAUUAGGCAGGCUUGAUCUAGUCCGUGCAUGGAUCAGGCGAUGAUGCAGCGAUGCAUGAGCCGUUGCCAUGCCAUUGUGCAAUAACCGGAGGUUGAUUUUUGCUUGAUCUUUUUUUUUUCUAGCCAUGAUCGAUAUCUACUUG